AGGCAAUCUUUUCUCCUUUCUCGUGUAUUCCUCGUAAACCUUCAUCGAUAAUUUCAUAGCCCUAAUGUGUUGCCAGUAUCUACUGGGAGAAGAAUUCCCUGUUUUGCAAUGUCGAAACUACAGCAUCCCACGCUAGUCUCCAAUUGGAAAUCUCCCAUUUCGUUGCCACAAUUUGGAUUUUUUAUCCAUUUAAAUGCAUGAAGCAUGAAUUUUGUAUUCCUACUCACACAUGGACAAAACUGGAGUAGAAAAACCUUGCAGAUUUGGAGACCAGAGCACUAGUGAUAUAAUCAUACGCUUGAGAAAUUGUAAUGGAAGACCUGAAAUUUUCUAUUUACACUCUUCUGUACUAGUUAAUAAGAGCAAGUUCUUUGCUGAUUUGCUCUCUAAUCCGGACUCUGGUACAUAUGUGGAGCUUCAUUGCUCAGCUUUUAAUUAUGAUCAUCAUGUUAACUUAUUGAGAUUGCUGUAUCUCCCUGUGGAUUCGCUUUUGGACUCUUUGGACUCUGUCAAGUCCACUGUUGGUAUACUUGAAGUUUCAGUUGCAUUCAGCUGUGAAGAGAUCACAAAAAGCUGCAUCCAGUACCUAGAGGCCGUUCCUUGGGAGGACAAGGAAGAGGAAGAAAUCUUGAAAAUGGUCUCAAAACUGGGUCCAAUAGCUAUGCCCAUUAUAGCCAGGAUCCAACAAGUAGAUUUAAGCGCUACAAAAAAUGUUUUUGUUUCAGCAGUUCGUUUUGCCACAUCUAUUGGUGGAUCAUGUCCUCCAUUUGGUGAUGAACUUAAAAUUUCUGCCCAGGAACAAGUUGAAUAUAUGUUAGGGGAAGAUGAGGACAUGCCCCUGGUUAGAGCUGAUGAUGAAGUAAAAUCAGUAGUGAAAGUAGGCCUUAGCAAAGUCUUUUCUUCAUUUGAAAAGCAGCUGUCCUCCCUGCUUUUGGAAUCUGACCUCAUAUCUGAGACAGCAGAAGCCAAAAUAUUACAGAGUGUAGCUGAUCUUCAGUGGAUGUGUAACAUACUUCCCAAGUUGGAUUUAAUGAAGGAUUUUGUUAUAAACUGGGCUGACAUCUCUGGCAAAGUUUUGGGGAUAAUUGAAGACAAGAAACUUGAUUAUGUAAUGUGGGGUUUGAAAUUAAAGAUGAUUGAAUUGACUGCAAAGGUAUUGGAAGCAGUUGGCUAUGGAAAUGUGAUUCUUGCGCCAACUUACAGGGUGCAGCUACUAAGUAUGUGGCUGCCUUAUAUAAGGAAGAUGAAACCUCUCUUAGACUCAAAGUGUAAUGGGGACUCAAGCUUUCCCUACAAGAUGGAUGAAUACUUGUGCCAGAGUAUUGAAGGGGCAAUUGUCUCAUUGAUAUUAGCAUUGCCAUCAAAUGACCAAGCUGAUAUUUUGGCUGAUUGGAUGAAUGCGGACCAGGUUACGUAUCCUGACUUGAGUGAAGCUUUUGAGGUUUGGUGUUACAGAACUAAGUCAGCAAAGAGAAGAUUGGUAGAAGACUUAGACAGGGUCGGCAGUUCUUCAGCCUUUGAUUUAUCAUUAUGAUGUUGUGACAUUACUUUUUGAUUGAAUUGACCGUUUUGAUCCCAUUAAUGUAUUUUUGCAUAAUCAAGGUCUAUUUGAAAUUGAGAUCUGUUUUCUAUGUAUUUAUCUGGCUCCUCCAUGAAUUGUACUUCCAAAAAUACACAUAAUCAAGUUUGGGGAUCUUGCGUCUUACCAAA